AUGACUACUGUUCAUCCCCGACCUGCCGCUACAACCCGGCCAGCCACCCCGACACCUCUUCAAUCUAUUAAUCCUCCCCGACCGAUUUAUAUCCCUGGUCGCGGCCUCGGUCGAAGAUUCGCCAAUGUCCCCCAUGCAAGCCCUACUUUCAGAGAAGCUUUUAAAGCAGCUCGCCAGGCCCGCUCCGCAAAUGACCGCCUGAGCCAGGAUGCCCCUUCUUCCUCUAGACGCAGGGCUCGACCGCCUUCCGAUGAUUCUGAUUCGGAUGGCCAGCCAUUGGCUCAGAGACUUCGACGCCGAGCCCCUCGUCUUGUGCCAGACUCGGGCCCUUCCACUAUCUCUUCUUCUUCACCUCCUGUUGCAACCACCUCUUCGCCUCUUUUUGCCACUCCUACUACCAUCCCGAGCCCGUCCGAUGUUCCGCCUAAUCCCUUCCCGAUUCCAGUUGAGCCUCCGCCAGCUCAACCUUCUCCACCAGCUCAACCUCCUACCUCACAACAACACCAGAACGUCGAGACUGGCCCCUCGCAUCGCCCUUCACCGGCUACCUCACCGCCCGAGCAGUCUCCGGUACCCCCCAGCUCCUUCUGGGUCGGCAGCUGGGCCUUCUGGAUCAGCUGCAGGACCUUCUGGAUCAACUGCAGGGCCUUCACAACCUUCAUCACCGGUUCAUCAUCAUUAUCGUACUACUACCCCUUCUGA